ACAGCGGAUCCGAUACCUUUAUCCCAAUCCGUUCAAUAUUUAGAGUGUAGAGAACCACCAGAGGCAGAUUACUGGGUAAAUCACUGUUUUUUUCAUGAACAAAAACUGAAGCUCUAGUGAAAGGUAUAGCGAGAGAGUUACGGUUUGAAACCGGAAGUGAUGAAAACCUUGACGAGUUCUUGCUUCAAGGCAGUCAUUGACAAUAAUAGAGAUAAAGGGUCUUCUUGUUUUAAGGAUCUUUCUCUUGGUAGAACUGAAGUAUGCUUAUUACCUUCAAAAAAGCUUGUUAGAAUCCGGUUCCUGCAUUUGCUUUCUGUGCAACACAGGCGUCUGCAGCCUGUUUUUUCAUCUUCUUCUUUGUCACCAGACUCACAGGUGGACUUGGAGACAGCAAAAUCUCAACCUGAAGAAGAAAAUCCAUCAAAGACUACUCAUGUCAAAUUCCAGUUACGGAAAGAGUGCUCAUUUGGCGAGCAUUUUUUCAUAGUAGGGGAUCACCCUAUGUUAGGCUUAUGGGACCCUGAGAGUGCUAUACCACUGACUUGGUCAGAAGGACAUGUUUGGACACUAGAGCUGGAUAUACCUGUUGGAGUAUCAAUCCAGUUCAAAUUCGUUCUGAAAACAAGGACGGGGAACCUUUUAUGGCAACCAGACCCUGAUCGAAUAUUUAAAUCCUGGGAAACUGAGAAUACGAUUAUUGUUUGCGAAGACUGGGAAAAAGCUGAAGAGCAGAAAGUAAUAGAGGAAGAACCAUUAGCUAAUCAAGAUGGACCUCUUCUUGAUUCAAAGAUGGCAAUCGUUUUAGAGAACUUGACACCUUCAAAGAAAGAACUAGUCUCUGACAUAAAUCUGCUAUCAGAUACUGAUAGUAUCACCUCUCCUGGAAAGAAUCCACUACAAGCAUUAUCUGAGGAAUUGGCCACUGGCACUUUUGCUCCACUAGAGAAGCCGAUGGCUAUUGUUGCAGAGAAUAUUAGUUACCCAACAGAAGACUUUAUCGCCAAUGCAAACAAUGGAGUGCUUGGUGUGAAGAGAACGAACUACCUAAAUGAUGAAGCUUUGGCUAUUUCAAAUAAGAAUGUUUUGGUAGCAGAGGACUUUGGAAGUACCAGCAGAGCAGAAACAGUCCAGAACCCCGCAGCUGCAGAUGUUGAGCUAAAUGUGGUAGCAAAUGAAGGUACUCCUGUUUUAGUACCUGGCUUGACUCCAUCUGCAACAGUGUCAACUGAAGAAACAAUGUUGGAUGAGGACGAGGAGAAUAGUACCACUGAUGCAUCAAUUGGAGUUAUUGAAACUAAACAUCACAAAUUGUCAGAGUUAGAUGAGAAGCAAGAACCUGAAGGUGAACCACGGGAAGAAAAAACAACUGCAGUACCCGAUGAUGAGGAACAGCUUGACAACCAUCAUAUUCAGAAGCCCAAACUAGUUAGAGAAGAACAGCCUGACCUGGAGCCUUUUCAAAGUAAUGUCUUGCAAAGCGAUGUCCAGUGGGGUCGUAAAACAUUACAGAAGCUUCUGAAAAUUUUAAGGUUAGGUAUUGGUAGGGGUGUUGGCGUGUUUGCUGAUAUGUUAACAUUCAAAACCAGGGAAAAUAAAGUAAUUCUGUUCUAA